UGCCGCUCCGGCACCAUCCUGCUCUUCCCCAACGCCUCCAUCAAGCACGUGGCCAGGCUGGGGCCGGGGCCACGCCAGGGGCUGCAGGCGCUGUCACUCUGUGCCUGGCUGGCCACCCCAGCCUCCCGCCUCGGCACCCUCCUCUCCUACACCACCGAGGAUGGCAGCAGCGUGCUGGCUGUGCGUGGCCAUGCUGGGGACCUCUCUGGCUCUGUGCGCUUCAUCAUCGGGAAUGGGGAAUUUCGGGAGCUUCCGGUGAUGCCGCUCCUGGAUGGCAAGUGGCACCACCUCUGCCUCACCUGGUCUUCUGGCCAGGGCCAGUACCGCUUCUAUGUGGACAGGCGGCUGCUGGCCGCUGGCUCCGGCUUCCAGGGCCGGGCUCUCCUGCCCGGGGAGGUGGCCAGCAUGGCAACCGGUGUGGGGCUGCCCCGUGGCCCCCUUCUCACACUGGCCGAUGCCUCCCUGCAGGGCGGGGUGCGGAGGGUGGCGUGCCCCUGCCUCCAGCACUGCCUGCGAUGA